CACCCUGCACAUAAAUAAUUAAAAUUGUGCACAAUUUUUAGUCGUUUAAGGCAAAGUGUUAAAAAAACAUCGGAUUUAGUAUAAAAAGAAAACGGAAACAAUUGUAUAUACUAUGCAUUAAUAUAUGCACAUUGUAUAUAAUAUACUAAAAGCAAUAAAAUAGUAAAUAAUGUGUCUAAAUUAAGUAAAAACUUUCGUACCCGAGCUGAAAUUAUGAAAUGAUUAAUGAAAUUAAAUGAAACUGAAGCAGAGAUUUGUGAAUACAAAUGUAAAUUAAGCAGAAAAUGAAACAAUAACAAAAUAAAUAAAUAUUUGCAACAACUACUGUGCAAAAAAUAUAAUAAAUUAACCAGUUAAUGAAUAAUAAUUAAGUGUGUUGUGUAUUUUUAAUCUUUUUGGUUUUUACAAAUACUAAACAAAUGUCUAAAAAUUGAAAUCGUUUAGACAUACAAAAGAAUAAUAAUAAUUCGAAAACAAGAAAUUUGUAUUAAACAAAUUUUAAAAUCUUAAAAAAAUAAACAAAAUCGAUUGUUCAAUAGAAGCAUGAGUGUUUGUUAAUAAAACGUACUGUCCGUGCUUGCAAGUGCAAAUGUUGAAUCAAUUAAUUGGAAUAACAAGUGCAUCAUAACAAAACACACAACAGAACCUUAGAGUCGGUCAUCAGAACAUUAAACAAAGGUGGUAAGGGUGUGAGGCAAGACGACUACAACGAGCUGUAUAACUGUUGUUAAUCAAGUAAAAGUAAUAUCAUGCCCACAGCCCAAUAUCGUCCAUUAGAUACUGGCCAUGGCAGACCAGCACAAAGUUACGUAUUACGUGGUGCUCAUGGCGGCAAACUACGAGCACUAUGUCCCAAAACAGCCAAUAGCCGGCGUAUUUUUGUUUGUGUCCUGCUGCUGAUGAUGCUACUGGUCUACGUAGUCUGGUGUGCAGUGGCCAAUUAUACGGAUGAUGGUAGAGCCGAUACAUAUACUACCUCAGAUUUAUUUGAUAGUAAACAAACCACAGAAUUACCCUCCAUAUCCUGUACUGAAUCUUUUGUGGAUACCCGUCUUUAUAUACAGGAUAAAUCACGUCAAGAAUGGAAUAAUUUAAGUAUGAUAUAUUUUGUUACUCCUACUUAUCCUAGACGUGAACAAGUACCGGAAUUAACUAGAUUGGCUUAUACUUUGUUGCAUGUACCACGUAUACACUGGAUAGUGGCUAAUGAUUAUAAUGCCUGUAAUCCUUAUUUGGAUAUAUUACUAAAUAAAUUUGGUAUACCCUUUACUCAUUUAUCUAGUCCCAUGCCUGAACGUUUUCAUAAUAGUAAAUCCAAACCUAGAGGCGUUUCAAAUAGACGAGCCGCUAUGCAGUGGCUACGUCAACGUAAUAUAACUAGUGGAGUUUUAUAUUUUGGUGAUGAUGACAACACUUAUGAUCUCAAGUUGUUUAGCGAGAUACGUGAAACUAAAAUUGUUUCCAUGUUUCCUGUGGGUUUAAUAGCCAGUUAUGGCAUAAGUGGUCCCGUUGUUAGAAAGGGUAAAGUUGUAGGUUUCUUAGACUCCUGGGUAGCUGGUCGACGUUGGCCCGUUGAUAUGGCUGGUUUUGCUGUAAGUUUAGCCUAUAUGGCAGAAUAUCCUAAUGCCAGCAUGCCCUUUAAGCCGGGCUAUGAAGAAGACUACUUUUUGCGUAGUGUAGCUCUCACUUUAGAUAAAAUAGAACCCAAAGGCAAUAAUUGCACCGAAAUUUUAGUAUGGCAUACACAAACUAAAAAUCAUCCACGUGAAGCAGUAAAAAUAAGUCAAGAAUAUUUAGAUAAUCGUUCAAAUUUGGGUGCAUUAUUUAAGGCACUUAAUGAAAUGGGUGUUUCGGAGGCCUGUGAGGAAGAGGGCAAUAAGGCCAUUAUCAGCAGUAAUGGCAAGGCUAAAGCUUUAAGUUAUUAUCUUAGCUGAGAUACAAUGCCGUCGUUACAAGAUUUUUUUAAACAAAUAUUUUCAGUUUGAAUUUGUCUUUUGUUUAAUUUUUUUUGUUUGUUAUUUUUCUUGACUUUACUUUAUUUCCCGCCCCCCGGAAAGCACAAUUCUUAGGUCAAAACUGGAAUAAGUAAAGUUAUAGAAAACUAGAGUAAAAAUAUCUAACUUAAGUUAGUUAGCUAUUUAAACUUAUAAAAUACUCUUUUUGUCUUCGCAAAUACGUGUAGUAAAUCCUUAAGGAUGAAAAAUAUAUACACAUACAUAUAUCAGCCAUUACAAAUCUAUCUAUUCAUGACAUUUAUAUAGAUAUAUGAUUAUUUUGUUUAAUUAAAAAAUGUUUAAACAAAAGUUGUAGGUAAACAUAUGAAAUUUUCUAACUAAUAACUACAACAGAACUAUUAUUAAGUUUUUUUAUUUUGUUAUAAAAUUAGUUUUUAAAUAACUUAUUAUUUUCUUCUUCAUAUUUAUUUAAAUUAUUUGCUUUUUAUUUGUUGUGAUAAUAUUUAGGUUUCGCUUUUUGUAAAUUAACUUAAUAUUAAUAUAAUAUUUUUUAAUUAAUUUGUUUAAGUACUAGGUAUUUAACUUUAAACAAAACAAAGUAUGUAACUAAUUACUAUACAACUGGUACAAUCAAUCAAACAACACUUGGCAAAAAAAAAAAGAAAAGAAAAAACAACAACAAAUUAAUAAUGUUUCUAAUGAAACAUUUUUUAAAGCUAAAUAUGUUUAAUAAAUAAAAUAUUAAUAGUUUUACAUCAACUACAAAAAUAAUACUAAUUCUCCAUUACAUAUUUGUUUUUGGUUUUUCAUUUUAUGUAUGUUUGGUUGUGUUUACCAACAUAUUUAAUAAUUGUAGGUGUGAGUGUACGAGUGUGUCAUCUUAAGUCAUUUGUUGCUAUGCAAUAUUUUAUAAACUAUUAAGAGAAUUAAUUUAUUUUUUGUUUGCCUUUAAAAUUAUAGGAAAUCUAAAAGAAAAACGAAUAAAUAAUAAUUAUGCUAUAAAAUUGUAAAACAUCAAAACUAAUAACUUAACACAAAAAUGUAAGAAAAUAAUAAAGAUUUGAUUUAACAAUUUAAAUUUAAAAUUAAUAAAGUAAAAGCACAUACUAAUGUUGCAACGAGUAAUUAAAAAGAAAA